CCUCCAGCCUCUUUGCCCCUGCCUGUGCUCAGCCAGCUCAGGUGCACCGGCAGGCCUCCGUACCCUUUCCAUUAACCUUAAGGCUUUUCUUGCCUUCCCCUUUUCCAUCCGUCUGCCAGAGCUUGUCUCUCUGGUGGCUUCUUCUCCCUUGGGCAACCCACUGCGUUGGCCUGCAGGUGCAUAAGGCACAGGCAGCUGCCUUCCUGGCCCUGUCCUGCCCUGCCUGCGGGGAUACCAUUAGGAGAGGAUGGCCGGAGGAAACGAGCGGAGCAUGAGGGCCCUGAAGGAGGUGUGGAAAAGAGCAGAAAACUCUUUGUGUGCAGACUGCGGGAAGCCAGAUCCUGACUGGGCAUCCUCUACUUUGGGUGUCUUUAUAUGCCUCAGCUGUUCAGGAAUUCAUCGCAACAUCCCUAGCAUCAGCAAAGUCAAAUCCCUGAAGAUGGACCACUGGGAUGAUGCUCAGGUGCAGUUUCUGGCCAAGCAUGGGAAUGCUGUGACUAAAGCCACAUAUGAAGCUCACAUCCCUAUUUACUAUUACCAGCCAACCUACAAUGACUGCCAAGUGCUGAGAGAACAGUGGAUACGGGCCAAAUAUGAACGCAAAGAAUUCACCGAGCUGGGAAAACAGCUGCCAUAUUCUGAUGGGGUGAAGGAAGGCAUCCUCUGGAAGCGAGGUCGAGACAAUGGGCAGUUCCUACCCCGCAAGUUCCUCUUGUCUGAGAGAGAGGGAUGUCUGAAGUAUUUCACCAAGCAGGAUGCCAAAGAACCCAAACUUAAUGUUAAAAUAGAUGUCAUCAAUGCUACGUUCCAGCCAGAGAAGAUUGGGAACCCCAAUGGCCUGCAGAUCACCUAUCUCAAAGACAACAAGACCCGUAAUAUAUUUGUCUACCAUGAAAGUGGAAAGGAGGUAGUGGACUGGUUCAAUGCCAUUCGCUCUGUGCAGUUCCAUUAUCUGAAGGUAGCAUUUCCCAUUGCCAGCGAUAAUGAGAUUAAAAAUCGUCUGACGAGAAAUUUCUUGAAGGAGGGAUACAUGGAGAAGACUGGUCCCAAGCAGAGAGAGGCCUUUAAGAAGCGCUGGUUCACACUGGAUCACCGCAGACUCAUGUACUUCAAGGAUCCUUUGGAUGCAUUUGCUAAGGGUGAGGUAUUUGUGGGCAGCAAAGAGAAUGGAUAUAGUGUCCAGAAGGGAUUGCCUUCAGGGACACAGGGCAACUUCUCUUGGCACUAUGGCAUCACCAUUGUCACCCCUGACCGGGAAUACCUCUUCACCUGCGAGACAGAGACUGACCAGCUGGAGUGGAUCAAAGCCUUCACUAGCGUCAUCAACCAGGCCAUGACACCACAGGAAUAUGCAAUUGAAGCCUACUUCAAGUUUAAAUCCUAGGAAACCAUUCAGGAACUAUGACUCCACUCUACCCGGUCCUGUGGCUGUCAGGAGAGGAGAGCAGAUUGACAUCAGAGAAACACUGUGCUCUUGAAGCACCCUUGAAGCACU